ACUACGUGACGUCAGAGGAUAGACUCCGCCCAGGUGUUUUGGUUCCGCCAGGAGACGUGAGGCUUCUGUUUUUAACCAAACAAUGCUAUGAGAGCGAACUUAAGCUCAUUUUUAUUCUAUUUCUGUUAAAUCGGACAAACAAAUUAAACGGAACUAGGUUUCUUUAGACACUACGAGCUCAGGGCAGAAGUCAUGCUAACUCCAGCUGAUCUUGGUGCUGAUCGGGGAUGAUCCAAACGUCUCUUUCGCUAAUCGAAGAUGGAUCCUCGAGAAGUUGACCCCACGCUGGCGGGUUACAUUGAUGAGGAUGCCCCUUCUUCCCCCGUCGAAGUGGAUACUGCCGUUUUGCUUCUGGGGGCAAGUGUAACAGCCAUCACACACCCUAUCUUAUACGUCAAACUGCUAAUUCAGGAGUCUGUCUUGUACUGGAAGUCUGAGGUGUACAGAGUGAAAAGGAAUGCACAGCAUAUUGUCAAAGUCGAUGGAAAGCUGGGACUCUUCCGUGGCCUCUCACCUCGUAUUGUAUCCAGUACCAUCUCCACUGUGGUCAGGGGCAAAGUUAAACGGAUGGAGCUUCGGUCCAAAAAACAUGAGCAGCAGAAUUCCCUCAGGAAAGUGUUAAAAGAGACAUCACAUGAGAUGAUAUUUCAGUGCCUGUCCAGAGUAGCUACCCAUCCUUUUCACGUCAUGUCAGUACGCUGUAUGGCCCAGUUUGUUGGCAGAGAGGCUAAGUACAGUGGUGUAUUCAGUUGUAUCUUCAAGAUAUUUCAGGAGGAAGGAUUGGCUGGAUUUUAUAUUGGUUUUGUACCGCAUGUACUGGGAGAAGUCCUGUUCCUGUGGUGCUGUAACCUGCUGGCUCACUUUAUUAACACCUAUGCUGUUGACGACAACUUUAGUCAGGCCUCAGCAAUAAGAAGCUACACAAAGUUUGUGAUGGGCAUUACUGUGAGUGUUCUUACUUAUCCAUUCUCUUUGGUUGCUGAUAUAAUGGCAGUCAACAACUGUGGUCUGGCUGCAGGUCUUCCUCCUCAGUUCCCCAUCUUUAAAUCAUGGCUGCACUGUUGGAAUCAUCUGAAUUCCGAGGGUCAGCUCCUCAGAGGUUCCAGCUUCUUUUUCCGUCGUGUGCCCUUAACUUUACCGCCUUCCACUGAAGACUGACAUCGUCAUCAUCACCUGCUAGAAUGUUCUUCCUCUUUGUGCUCUUAAACAGGAAGAUAUCUCACCCAUGAACUACAUUCCAUUAGUCAGAUAAAAUAGAAGUGGCAGCUCUGUUCAUGUUUUGCCAAAUGCCCCUUUUCAACCAGUCCUUACUCAUUGCAGUUCUGUACAGAUAUACUCACUAUUUAGGCUUUUUCAUUAGUAACGGAUGCGUGAAACCGUUACUCCUUAUAGUACCUGCUAACUUGUGGUUACAAGCAAGCCUCCAUUGUUGUUGUGCUUGUUAUGCAUUUAUCUUCACUGCUGAAACUGAGGAUCAGCGCUUUUAUACUAGAGAAAAAAUUCUGAUGACCAUGAUGCAAAUUAAUUUUGACCUCAUAGGAGCUGCACAUUUUUGCCUUUAUUCCACUUCCUGUUUGAAUCUCUUGUGACUUUUGCAGCUCUUGAUUCAUGUCAAAUAAAAAUCAGAUUAUGAAGGAACUGAAACAUUAUCUUAAGAGCUGGAUUGGUUGGUGUAUUUAGGUGAUCAAACAUUGUAUUUAGUGUUAAAAUUUCACCACCAAACAAACGUUAAUCAGGGUCAUAUUUAAUUGGUGAGGUUGUGGAUGCAUAAUAGAUUUCAAUCUAAAGUUUUGUUUGACCAGAAGUUUUGUUUUUUAAACUAAUAAUUUCUGAUGACAGAAAUUCCAUCAAUCCAUCUAUACAGUCACUGAGUUCUGGGCCUUCCCCAGGGUCUCCUCCCAUUAGGACAUUCCAGAAAAAAACUUCAAAGUGAGGUGCCCAGGAGGCAUCCUGAUCAGAUGCCCAAACAAUUUUAACUGACGGAUUUGGAAGAGCAGUGGCUCUAUGUCCAUAUUCCCUCCUCACCCUGUCAUUUUGGCUGCUUGUAUCCAGGAUCUUGUUUUUUUGUUUAUGAUCCAUAUCUCAUCACUGUCGCUGAGGGUUGGAUUGUAAAUGGAGCAGUAAAUCGAGAGUUUUGAUUUUUUGCUCAGCUCUUUCUUCACCUUAACAGACCAGCGCAGCGCUCACAUUACUGCACAUAAAGCCCCAAUAUGUCUGCCUACGAUCCCACGAUUGGUGUCAUGUACAAGACACUUUUUCCACCGGAAAGGGCCUUCUUUGACCCUCUUGACCCAAUCCACUUGAAACUGUGUCAGAAGACAGAUGACAAGUUGGUCUCACUUGGUUUCAAACACAGAGACUUUUUGUUAGAGGGUGUGGCCAUGGUGGCGCAGCAAAGUCUGACAUCCUGCCAUGACCAUCCGUUUGGCUCUAAUUUUCUCGUAUAUCAUCAGAUCUGCACGAAAUUGAACAUGAUAAAUAUUAAUCACCCUAAAAGAUAUUUCAGCAAAUAUUUGGUGGGUGUGGCCUAAUUUCUUUACACAGCGCCUCUUAGAAGCAUUAAACCAGUCAGCCCCAAGCUUUUUUUAUUCUUAAGUCUUUGUAUUAAGUUUUCAAGUUUUAUAUUGUAUAAACAUAGUUGAGUGUACAAACAAGUGUACAUACAUAUUUAAAAUAUUCUGGGGUAGGUGAUACACAACCUCCCUGUAGACUCAAACAAAAACAAACAUUGUGCCAUUGUCUGUGAAGACAUAUAACUAGAAGAUUAUGUAAAACAACAAUUAUUAAUUUUUUUAAUUUACAUAAAUAAAUUAUGUAACAGUAGCACUGUUUCCUUGCAGCAAGAAGGUCCUGGUUUCGACUCCCAGCCGAGGGUCUCUCUGCAUGGAGUUUGCCUGUUCUCUCUGUGCAUACGUGGGUUCUCACCAGAAUAAGUCGUCUUGCCAAGAGAGUUGAUUGAGCUGGGCUCCAUGUGAGGCGACUCCAAACAUUGCAGAGACAGCCCAAGGUUCAAUGGGGACUUUCAGACUGUCUACAAGAAAUUUAAAUAUUGAUUGCCAGAAACCACGCAGUCCUUCACAUGACCAGAACAUGUGUGACAGAGUUGCUGGUGCUUGUCUGCAUCGGUCACAGGUAGGAUCAAUGUCUGGUCUUAUUUUAGCUAGCUUAACUUUAGAUGAUGAAAUUGGAUAAUUUUUUGUCUCACACAGAUGGAAGAGGAGUAAACCCUAUUCAACACUUUCCCCAGUGUCCCCCUCCCAUUGACAUUUGAGCUUAGACAUGGAUUUCUGAUUUUGUGUAUUCAACAGCGAGUACAUUUUACCAAUUGACCCCUUUAAUCUAGGAUUGAUUUUUAAAAUUGACACCAAGAUGGAGCUGGCCGGUUGUGAAGGGAAACCACAGGAAACAAAUGCUAUAAAGUUGCGGAUUUGUAGAUAUCUAAAGAAGUGAGAACAAGGGGUUAUCAACGUUCCUAACCAACUUGUUAAAAGACACAAAUGUAUUAUCAAUAUAUUAGUCUUGUAGUGUUGUAAAUAGUCUCUCAGCCCACGUGUUCAUGAGGUAGAGUUAAAUGAAAGUCCUUGAAGUGCAAAGGAACGUCUAAAUUGUUUCCAAAUUCUAAGGAGUGUGUUUAAUUUGUACUGUAUUGCACCGACUACGCCAAAACAAAUUCCUUGUAUGUCCAAAAACGUACUUGGCAAUAAAGCUUUUCUGAUUCUGA